AUGCUCUCCGGGCCUUCUACUGCGAGGGCUAGUGGCCCUCAUGCGCGGCAUCUUCUGCGACCCUCAGUGUCUCGCGCUGGUGGCUUGCGACCAGCCUGCGGAGCUGCGGGCUCAAUAUCAUCGCGACGGAAUCGAAGCAAUACGCCUCAACGGUCCAUUUCAACAACCCCGAUUCGUCCGAGAUACAGUGCAUCACUACCGAGUACUGUGACAUCACAAUGGAUCCCCGGACAAAGACAAUCGUCUACCACCGCAGCGCCGUCUAAUUCGACUACAGACGCCGACCCUAUCGAUGCUAUCAACGUCCUGAUCGAACGCAUCAACGAAAACGAUGAUGACAUGGCAAAGCUGAUGGAGGAACUGGAGUUGAUAGAAGGCGACGAAGUUAUGGAGGAACUCGUCGAUCCUCUUGACGGCCAAGAAUAUACCCCAGAGGCGUGGGUGGAAAUGGUGCGACAGCAGUUCGGAGACGCAAUCCCUGACGGCGUCCUGAAUGACGAGGAACUUCAACUUUUCACUCGACUCUACGGAGAACCGAUCAUUCAAGAGCUCGUUGACGAACUACCCGCUGAGGAAGACGGGAAGGAACCCGAUCGCUUAUUCCGAGAGGAUAAACAGGGCCGGUGGGAGGAAAUCGAAUACGAGCAGAACGCGGAGGCGGAGGAUGACAUCCCGGUCGUCUACGACAUGGAAGCAGGUACCGAGGAGGUCGAGACAAUUGCGAUGCGACGCACGCGUGAAGUUGCUGAGCAGUUGGGUGGCGAGAUCAUGCUGGAGCAAUUUGAAAAUGAAGCCGUCCCGGAUUCUGCGCCGCGGGCUCAUCCCCUGACCCGGGAGGGCAAAUUCACAACGGACCCCAGUACUAUUCAUCUACCAAAGAAUACUGUCACUGGGCCCAUCUCCAUUAUCCUGUCCGAGUUCUCCAACAAGCAUAUCGCUGAUACUGCUCGCCGGUUGUUCGGAGGGCCAGGAUUGCCUCAUUCUACAACGACACCGCCUCCACGGGCGCAGCUGCCACAGUUACCAAUCCCUCUUCAUGCAUCGCAACACCAUAUGGGUGAGAUGGAAGCCAAUGCCUAUAUUGCGGCCCUUUACCCCGGAAUUUACGCCUCCACGCUCAGCGUUCUGGUUGAGGUACGGAAACGCAUGGGAACUGACUGGAUCCGCCAGCUCAUUUCCCAAGAAGGCGGUCCUAAUGUUCUCGAUGCAAGUGGUGGUGGUGCCGGUAUUCUGGCCUGGAGAGACAUUGUCCGUGCCGAAUACGAACUCAUGGUUCCCGACCACCCCGAGGGAGCUCCUAUUCCAUAUGGACGAUCGACAGUCUUGACGGGCUCGGAGACGCUACGACUGCGCGCAAGCGCCAUGCUUGACAACACCACCUUCCUUCCCCGAUUGCCAGACUACAUUCACGCUCGUGAGAAGCCAACACUAGAUGACACGCGUCCCCUACAGAAGCGUAAGCAGUACGAUAUCAUCAUCGCACCGCACACUCUUCUCGGAUUCGAGGAGGAAUAUCAGCGAAAAGAGCAUGUCCAGAAUCUCUGGGCGCUUCUAAACCCCAAUGGUGGUGUUCUUAUCCUACUCGAAAAGGGCCGUCAAAAGGGCUUCGAAGCGAUUGCUGGCGCCCGUGAAAUGCUUCUUAAGCGCCAUAUUGCAAGCCCAGGCUCAACAGAGUAUGACAACACCUUCGACUCUUCCAAUGAAUCUAAAACCAUCCCCAAGGAGCCGGGUAUGAUCAUCGCUCCCUGCACAAACCACUCCACCUGCCCGAUGCACAACCCAGCAGGCCCGACCAAGGGCCGCAGAGACUACUGUCAUUUCGAGCAGCGGUACAUUCGUCCAGCCUUCUUGCAGCGCAUCAUGGGCGCCAAGGACCGCAACCACGAAGAUGUCAAGUUCAGCUACCUCGCUGUGCAGCGGGGCGUGGACAUGCGUCAGGUCCGGGGUAUUCGCCAAGGGCCCGAAGCAACAGAUGCCGCAUUCGAAGGUUUCGAGCAUCUUGACGAGUCCGACAGCUCAGCCCCCGAUCCGCUCUCCCUCCCUCGUGCCGUCUACCCACCCAUGAAGCGCCGUGGACAUGUCAUUUUCGACCUCUGCACCCCGGCUGGCAAGAUUGAGCGUUGGACCGUCCCUCGUUCUUUUAGCCGACAGGCCUACCGUGAUGCCCGCAAGUCCAACUGGGGCGACCUGUGGGCUCUGGGCGCGAAGACUCGGAUUCCUCGCAAGCUGAACCUGGGUGAUAAGCACGGCGAAGGCAAGAAAGAACGUCUUGCUCGUCGAGCAGCUGCCAAGGCGGAAUCGCGCGAGGUUGACGAAGAGGCCGAUUACGAUGAACUUGACCCUGAGGAGGACGAGGCUGGUGAUGAGAUCAUGGACGAUGGAGAUCGUUCGGGACUCCCUCGAACCCCUGCCCGCAAGAGGGGCCAGAACAUCCCAAGCUGGAAGAAGCAUGCCGAUAAAAAGAAGCUUCGACAGGCUGUGAAGCGGCGAGAUGCAGCAGAGGAUGCUCUGUAA